GCGAACAGGCAUGGAUGAAUGUCAGCAAGGAGAACUGUCGUAUGUUGUUUACCUUGGUGCCGGCUGAGCCUCCCAAGAAUGAGACGACAGGUGAGGUUCUGCAGCCUACUGACACGGCGCAUCUGAAGGAAUAGAUGAUGGGGUGAGAGGAGAGGCCGCGCAAUAGAUGCUAUGAGAGUCACCAAGGCCAGGCUUAGUAAUCAUGGGCAUGUCAGGUGAUUGCCAAGCCAUUUUGAGUGAGUGGACAACUUGAAUGACAUCUUUUUCUUCGUAAUCCCCCCGCCUCCACCUUCGUACAACCUCAUCAAAUCUCUGCGUACACGGCUUCGGACGACGGGGGGCGUAUCCAGAGGUAGUACGAGGUCCCCUGGGACAAGUCAUCAACCAUGCCCAAGGAGCGCCAAACAUGUACCGAGUGCUCUAUGCGCCGGCAGAAAUGUGAUCGCAACGUUCCCUGUAGUCGUUGCGUGAAACGAGGGGAUGCAGACAAAUGUACCCGGAUAUGGCCCGAAGGUGGUUACGACCCCAAGGUCCAUCGUAUCUAUCCACGAACAUCAGGGGAGCGGUCAGGUUCUAUCGCUAGUCCUACCAUCACCGAUACAUCCCCUGCUGCAACCAUUCACAAUGUGUCGGAACCCUCACUACACCCUUCCAUGAGGACUCCGGCAUCAGCACAAUCGCGGACCAGCCCUCAAACGCAACAUCCAUCUCUUCCCAGUAACUUGGGACCCGCCCCCACCAAUGGACCGGUCACAGAUAUUGACAACGCCGCGACCACCCUAGAGUUCCUGACCUGGGGUCGAUCGAAGCUCUCAGAUUAUGAUCUCAAAGCUCUUGAACUGCUGAAAGAGCCUCAUAACAGCGGUCCUGCCUUGGUACCGAAGGACAGUGGACCGGAUUGGGACGCCUCGAGCGGCUUUGGGGGCACAGGCGCAGCUCAGAUAUCUUUUCUACAGUUGUUGCUUCCUAGUCGCCGCCAGAUUUACCAGCUUGUUGAGUAUCACGUCAACUCGAUUCUGUGGUACCACGGUUGCUUUCAUGGACCGACCUUUUUCGACGAGCUGAACGAGGUUUAUAAGGCACCUGGUGGGCUGCAGAUCAGGGAUAUGGACUUGAGAUGGGCUGCUUUCCUGUUCUCAAUCAUGGCCGCCAGCACGACUUGCGCUAGUGACCAAUUAGCUUCGUCGUGGGGUUUCAAGAAACACGAAAGGGCCAAGCUUACACGACAGUGGUACAAGGCCACUGUCACCUGCCUCAAUCUUGCCGACUAUAUGUGGCGCCAUCACGUAUACUCGGUACAAGCGAUCGCGGUCUUGACCAUGUCGGCGCAUGUCCUGGGAUUCAGCAAUACCCAAAGUACACUAUUAGGAGCGGCCUUGAAAAUAGCCCAAGGUUUGGGUCUUCAGCGUCUCGGCCCUGAAGAGGAAACAUCUGGCUCGCUUAUGCUGACCGCGGCUCAACGAGACAAAGCCGUUAAGCGCGAGACAGGCAGGCGAGUGUGGGCUCAACUAUGCAUUCAAGAUUGGUUCUCCAUACCCUUCUCCGAGAUGUAUUCGAUCCAGAAGUCCCACUUCAGUUCGCCCAGACCUUCACACGUUGAUGAUGCCACGAUGCAACCUUUACCGGAGGACUUCCCGGCCAUUGUCAGUUUCCCAAACGUCCUCGUCGACAUUGCCAGCGUCAUGCCUCAAAUCCACGACGCCAUCAUCUCAUCCAACACCUUGUAUACAAAAUACGAGCAAGUCCUCCACUACGACGAUAAGAUGAGAACGUUGGCUAGCGACGGCCUACCUCGAUUUUUCUCCAUGAGGGAGCCAAUAUCACCGGACUGGCCAGCGUUCGUCCCAUGGGCGAGACGGAGCUUGACUAUAUGCUUCGCUCACAAGAUUAUCAUGAUUCAUCGAGCUUUCCUUGGCCGUAGCUUUACCGAACAAGCAUUCGAUUUCACCAGGCGCACCUGCAUGGCGGCCGCGAAGACGAUACUGAAGGAGGCUAGGCAGGUAUAUGACGAAGAAGGACCAAUGUUGUGGAUCGACCAAGCCUUCAUGGUUGCUGCGGGAAUCACUCUUGCUUUGGACAUCUUUCAUCGCAAGUCCAAUGAAGCAGAGUACGAGGAACAUCGCAGGUUGGUCGAUAAUACCAUCAGCAUGCUGGGCAAGUUCGAACACAGCAUGAUUGCGCUCAGAGGUAUCCGAUUGCUAUCCUCAUUGCUUGCUGAACAAGCUCGUCUUACCGCAGAUCAGACCUUGGAGAACUAUCGGAAGCGGACACAUGAUGCCAUGAACGACCUUUCACAGCCUAAGAAGCAGAAAUUCAAUGUACCGAAGUUCGUGGAGAAUUUUGUUGGAAAUGACUCGUUCACCCACUCUUUGCGAAAUGCGAACAGAGGCAUUGAAUCAUCCAUGGACUUGUUCGAACCUGAAGCACGUACGCCUGUGCGUACGCCAGCACCGCAAGAUCCCGUGUUCACUUCAGAUCUUGGGUACGAAACAUUUGAGCAGCUAUUUCCGCCUCACACAGGCAUCAGCAACAAUUUUUUAUUCGAAGAUUUACUGAACUUUGACAUAUGAGGAAUUGUGUGAACAUGAAUAUGAGGCUGUCGCAUGGAGAUGCGGCGGCUAAUAACGACCGUACGACAAUCUCAGCGUUGUGAUUGGACGAUAACGGCGCGGGGUGCGGCCGACAGCCUUAUCAGGUUGUACUAUGUA